CAACAGAGACUCGGUUUCCCAUCGUUGGUGUGGAUUUCGGUGGUCUAACGCACACUUGCCACUUCUAGCUUGUAUCAUCCAAAUUUUGCGGAUUAAGUCCCUAUAACAUCAGAAGAGAAAGCGUUGGUGUUAUUAGCUAGAGCUAUGGCAGCCAAGCCCCAAGCAGAUUUUAAAAGAAAGUAUUCGUGGUGGUGGGACAGCCACAUAAGUCCAAAGAACUCAAAAUGGCUUCAAGAAAAUCUGACCGAUAUGGAUUCCAAGGUGAAGCAGAUGAUUAAGCUUAUUGAAGAAGAUGCAGAUUCCUUUGCCAGGAGGGCAGAAAUGUAUUAUAAAAAGCGCCCGGAGCUUAUGAAAUUGGUUGAAGAGUUUUAUAGGGCAUACCGUGCUUUGGCUGAAAGAUAUGAUCAUGCAACUGGGGUCAUCCGCCAAGCUCAACGGACUAUGGCUGAAGCAUUUCCCAACCAAGUCCCUAUGUUACCGGCAGAUGAUUUACCAAGUGUUCCUUUUAUGGAGGCUGAGCCACGAACUCCUGAGAUGUCUCACUCUUCUCGUGCUUUUAUGGACCCUGAUGAAGUGCAAAAGGAUGCUUGUGGAAACCCUUCAUCUAAUUUCUAUGCUAUUAAAAGAAAUGGAGCUUUUACUGAAGAACCUGAUUCUGCUAAAAACAGAAGGGGCUUGAAACAGCUCAAUGAUCUCUUCAUGCCUGGAGAAGGACGCGCUAGAAAAGAGCUCAAUUUUCAUGAUGUGGAUAAUGAUAAUAAUAAAAAAAAUGAUGGGAACCAUGACAUCAGAGCUCAAGUUUUGUCUGAGUCUGAACAGGUGACGAGGGCCGAGGCAGAAAUUUUGGCAUUAAAAAGAGCUCUUGCUAACUUGGAAGAUGAAAAGGAAGCUGGCUUGCUUCAAUAUCAGCAGAGUUUGGAGAGAUUGUCUAAUCUAGAGUCAGAAGUAUCUCAUGCAAAAGACAAUUCCCGGGAACUCAAUGAACGAGCAGGCAAGGCUGAAGCAGAAGUUCAAACUUUGAAAGAAAUUCUUAGUAGAUUGCAGGCUGAAAGGGAAACUAGCCUUCUUUGGUACCAGCAGUGCUUGGAUAAAGUAUCCAACCUGGAGAAAAAUAUUUCCUCUACUGAAAAUAACAUCGGAGAACUUAAUGAAAGAGUUAUUAGAGCUGAAACGGAGGUUGAAUCCCUUAAAAAAGACCUUACUGCAGUAGAAGCUGAAAAGGAAGCAGCCCUUGAUCAGUACAAACAGUGCUUGGAGACAGUAUCGAAGUUAGAGGACAGAUUAGUACUAGCUGAGGAGAAUGCUAGAAAGAUUAAUGAGCAAGCUAAUAAAGCUGGAAAUGAAAUUGAGGCCUUGAAGUUUGAAAUUGCUAAACUAACUGAGGAGAAGGAAGAUGCAGCUCUUCGUUAUCGGCAAUGCUCGGAAAUAAUUUCCAGUUUGGAGCAUAAACUUUCUUGUUCUGAAGAGGAGGUGCGUAAGCUAAAUUCCAAGAUAGAUGACAGUGCUGAAAAGUUGCUGAGUUCCGAGCAGAAGUGUCUACUCUUGGAAACAUCAAAUGAAAAUAUGCAGUCUGAACUGCAGUCUUUGGUGCAGAAGUUGGGCUGUCAAAAUGAAGAACUUAGUCAGAAGCAAGAGGAAUUUUGUAGGCUUUGGAAUUGCAUACAAGAGGAGAGGUUACGGUUUGUAGAGGCUGAAACGGCUUUCCAAACUCUUCAGAAUUUGCACUCUCAAUCUCAAGAAGAACUGAGAUCUAUUGCUGCUGAACUUCACCAUAACGCUGAAGUUCUGGAGAAUGUAGAAUUUCACAAGCAGGCUUUAGAAGAUGAAGUACAAAAGGUCAAGCAGGAAAACAAAAUUCUAAAUGAGUUCAAAAUUUCUUCAUCUUUGUCUACUAAAAAUUUGCAGGAUGAAAUAUUAAAUCUGAGGAAGACAAUAGAGAAACUCGAACAAGAUGUUGAACUGCGAGUAGAUGAGAGAAAUGCUCUCCAGCAAGAAAUUUACUGUCUUAAAGAGGAGCUUAGUGAUGUGAAUGAAAGGCAUGAUGCCAUGAUCGAGGAGGUUAGUUCAACUGGCUUAGAUCCACGAUGCUUUGGGUUUACUGUGAAGAAAUUACAGGAUGAGAAUUCAAAGUUGAAAGAGACGUGUGAGGCUGACAGAGGUGAAAAAGCAGUUCUUCUGGAAAAAUUGCAGAUAAUGGAGAAACUUUUGGAGAAAAAUACUGUUUUGGAGAAUUCGCUCUCAGACCUAAAUGUUGAAUUAGAAAGUGUCAGAGGAAAGGUACAGUUCUUAGAAGAAACGUGCCAAUCUCUACUCGAGGAGAAAUCCACUCUCACUGUUGAGAAGGCUAGCUUGUUUUCUCAGUUGCAAACUAUGACUGAGAAGCUAGAGAAUGUUUCCGAUAAGAACAACCUUCUGGAAAAUUCAUUAUUUGAUGCCAAUGCUGAACUUGAAGGAUUAAAGGUGAAGUGGAAAAGCUUAGAAGACUCACACCAAUUACUUGGCUUUGAGAAGUCCAAUCUGAUCUCUGAGAAAGAAACCUUAGCGCAACAGUUGAACGUUGCUCAUCGAAUGCUGAAAAGUAUCGAGAAUCAACAUAGUGAGCUGGAACUAAGGCAUUUGGAACUGAAAGGUGAGAAGGAAUCUGCACUUCAAAAGGUGGAGGAGCUUCUGGUUUCAUUUUAUGCAGAGAGGGAAGAACACUGCAGAAUUGUGCAAUUGAAUGAGAGACACUUGGCUGAGAAGGAAUUACAACUUCAUAUUGCACAAGAAGAUGCAAAUUGUAGGAAAAAGGAAUACGAAGAAGAACUGGAUAGAGCUGCACAUGCUGAAAUUGAAAUUUUCCUCUUGCAAAAAUGCAUCCUGGAUCUGGAGGAAAAGAGCUUCUCCCUUUUAGUUGAGUAUCAGAGACUAUUGGAGAAAUACAAAAUUUCUGAGAAAUUGGUAUCAAAUUUGGAGAAUGAAAAGGUUCAAAAGCAGGUUCAGAUGAAUUCUUUGUUUGACAGAAUCAAAAUACAUAGGAGUGGGCUGCUUCAGGUGUCGAAGGCUCUAGACCUUAACAGGGACCAUUCUUUUGAUGAUAUGGCUGAACAAGACCACAUUCUUCUGGACCAUAUACAUGGUAAAAUUCAGGAGAGACAGAAAUGUCUAGAUACAAUUUUCAACGACCACCACCUGGCCAUUGAGAAUUCAGUUCUUGUCACAUUCCUUGGGCAGUUGAAGCUAAAGGCGGAAAAACUUGUGACAGAAAGAGAUUCCCUUGAUAAGGAGUUGAGGAUCCAGUCUGAGCAGUUAUUGGCCUUACAAGCAGAGGUCCGAAGCAUACAAGAGAAGAAUCAAGAAUUGAAACUGACUAUAAGCAAGGGAGAACAGAGAAUUGAAGAAAUGGCUACUAAAACAGGGGUUCUACUUCAGCAGCUGUCGGACUUGGAGCGGGCUCACAAAAACUUACAGGAUGAAAGUUGCAAUACAUUGGAAGAGAAAAAUUCCUUGAUGAGAAGAUUCUUAGAUCUGGAUGAAGAGAAAGGCAACUUGGAAGAAGAAAUCUGUGCCAUGAUUCAUGAUACAAUGGCUCAAUCUAAUAUUUCUCUGAUCUACCAGAACAUUGUCUUUGAAAAGGUCCUGGCACUCAGAGAGCUAAAUGAAGAUCUUGGUGAACUUUGUUCAGUAAAUGACGACCUCAAGAAUAGGUUGAAAGCUAUGACAGAAAAAUUAGAAGAUGUACAAGUGGAAAAUUCAUAUCUUAAGGAGUCAUUUGACAGAUCAAGCAUUGAACUAAAAUCAGUUCAAUCUGUCAAUGAUCAGUUGGGUUGUCAGAUUCAGAAAGGAAAGGAAUUGCUGUCACAAAAGGAAAGCGAGCUUUUGGUUGCAUCAGAAAUGUUUAGAGCUUUGCACACUGAGAAAACAGAGUUGCAAGAAAUGUUGGAAGAUUUAAAAUUUAAGUACGAUGAAGCCAAGGUGAUACUUGAUAAUCAAACUCGUCAAAUUUUGAACUUAUCCUCAGACAAGGAUCAUCAGAAUGAAGAGCUCAGAUGUCUGCGUGGAGUGAAUCAGAAGUUGGAGUCUAAAAUGGGACUCCUUUGUGAAGAACUUGAAGAAACUAGACUAAGAGAAGUGAAACUGAGAGAAGAUAAGUUAAAUUAUCAACUAAAUGAGGGAACAAAUGAGAUUGAGCUCUGGGAAACUCAAGCUACCACACUCUAUGAGGAAGUGCAGAUAUCUACUGCCAAUGAAACAUUAAUUGAAGGAAAGUUUCGUGAGCUAGCCAGUACUUGUGAGAGUCUUGAACGUGAACAUAACAAUAAAAGUAUUGAAGGUGAACGGAUGAAAGAAAGAGUUAGCAAGUUGGAAGAUCAAAAUGGAAGAUUACAUGACCAGUUGGCUGCUUAUGUCCCAGCUGUCAGUGCUUUGAAGGAUUGCAUCGCAUCUUUAGAGAUGCGGACUCUUGUGCAUGCAGAACUACACAGCUGUGAAAAAUCAAAGGUUAAUAAUUUGACGAACCACCAAUACACUGAAGGAGAUCCACAAACAAGUGAAAACCACAUUACCAUGGCGCCAGAUGCACUUCCAGACAUUCAAGAAAUGCAGAAAAAGAUCAAUGCAAUCGAAAUGGCUGUUAAACAUUUGAAUGAAAUUUUCAAACCAAAGGAUGAAUUGAGGGAGAUUCAGGAGUUACAAACUGGAAUUAGAUGGAAUCGAGAAAACACUCAUUCUAGCAACCGUGGCACUCGAAUAAAUAAAGCAAAAGAGCAUCAGGAUGGGACUAUUGAUAAGCAGAAGAUAGGGAAAUCAAUUCCAGACAUUCCUGUGGCAGAGAAUGAAGUUUUGACAAAAGACAUCAUGCUUGAUCAAAUGUCUGAAAGCUCAUCCUAUGGGAUAAGUAGGAGAGGAACUCCUGAGGUUGAUGAUCAGAUGCUCGAGCUAUGGGAAACUUCUAACAGGGAUAGUAGUAUUGGCCUCGGAGAUGGUAAGGUGCAACAAGAGCCAACCACCGGACCAGCCAACUACCAUCAGAUAGGAGUAACCAAAGAACCCAAAAAUAAGCAUCGCUCUGUAGAAUCAUUGGUUGAGAAGGAGUUGAGUGUGGACAAACUAGAGAUCUCAAGAAGAUUGACACAGCCACGUGAAGAAGACAACAAAGGGAAGAUUAUAGAAAGACUUGAUUCUGAUGCACAGAAGUUAGCAAACCUUAAAAUUACUGUGCAAGAUUUGAUCAAGAAGAUUGAGACCACUGAGAAGAGCACAAAGGGAAAAGGAAAUGAGUAUGAUAGUGUGAAAGGGCAGCUUGAAGUUGCUGAGGAGUCCAUCACUAAGUUGUUUGAUGCUAACCGCAAGCUAAUGAAGAAUGUAGAAGAGGGUAAACUGUCCUUUGUUGAAAAUCCUGAACCAGAGUCAGACGAGAGUGGAAGCACCAGCAGGACGAGAGUUUCCGAACAGGCACGGAGAGGAUCAGAGAAAAUUGGACUUUUGCAAUUGGAGGUGCAGAGACUACAAUUUCUUCUGCUGAAACUUGAUGAAGAGAGAGAUAUCAAAGGAAAAGCAAGAAUGAUGGCGGAUCGAAGUCCAAGAGUCCUUUUGCGAGACUAUCUCUAUGGAUUUGGAGGGACGAGAAGCAACCAGAAAAAGAAAAGGGCACAUUUUUGUUCGUGUGUGCACCCACCCACCAAAGGAGAUUAGUCAAGUAAGCAAUCUAUCGGCUGAUUAUUAGCAAAAUCCUUGCUUCUUAGAAUAUACGAGGCAUUAGCUUUCUUGUUUGUAAAUUUUCUUUUCAAGAGUUUAUCCAUGAGACCCAAAAGGUUUUUUCGGUGCCAUGGUAGAAACUGCCCUUCAUUUUGCUUCCAGCUUCUAUUUGUGCAUAUCGUGCUGCCUCUUUAAAUUUUUGCCAUUUCUUUAACUGAAUAAUAACCUCUCCUUCCAUGCUGGAAUUUGUUGAAGUUAUUCAUGAUAAGCAUAAGGCAUAGAACACCCGUGGUUGUGAAGAAUAAUUAUUUGCCUAUAUGAUUAUGUUGUUUAAAUA